AUGGACCCAGGCAACGAAAUAAGGACAUGGAAUGGAAGCUUGGAAGAUGGAAAAUCGCUAAAUUUCGUGGGUGGCGACCGAAUACUGCUCGAGCAGUUAGAACCCCACAAGUUCGGUAUCGUGGCUUUGCAGGAAAUCUGUCGCAAGGGUGAGAAGGUGUGGAAGGUUCGCGGCGGCAAGGCCCAGUUUUACCAGAGCGGUGGGGCUACCAACGAGCUGGGAACGGGCUUUGUAGUGUUGGGCAGAUUGUUGGAUCGCGUUAUUAAUUGGAAGGCGAUCAACGAAAGGAUGUGUGUACUGAGGAUAAAAGGCCGGUUCUACAACUACAGCAUCAUCAACGUGCACUGUCCGCACGAAGGUAGACCCGACGACGAGAAGAAAGCGUUCUAUGCGCAGCUGGAAGCGACAUACGACAGCUGUUCACCAAGGGACAUCAAGAUCGUCAUCGGGGAUAUGAACGCCCAGGUUGGUAGAGAAGCAAUGUACAGACCGGUGAUAGGCCCAUGCAGUCUACACACUGACACGAACGACAACGGCCAGCGGUGUAUCAACUUCGCAACUUCCCGAGGCCUGUUAAAAGACCCGCAAGCUGCCGAGAAUUACGCGCGCCUGUUGGAUGAGGCACUACCCUCCUCUGGGGAGCUAAAUGCUUCGAAUCUCGAAGACGGCUGGAGUAAGAUUAGCUCUGCCAUCGAAGAGACUGCAACCGCGGUACUAGGUGAGGAAACUACGAGCCCAAGAAACGACUGGUUCGACGGGGAGUGCCAGCAAGCGAUGGAGAGAAGCAAAACAGCUCGGAAAAACUAUUUAAGCAUUGCCACGAGGGAGAAUUUGGCCAAAUAUCGACGAGCGCGAAAUAAGUUGACCACGAUACUGAGGCGAAAAAAGCGCCAGCAGGAGGACAGGGAUCGUGACGAAUUAGAACAACUAUUUCAGACUAAUAAUACGCGCAAGUUCUAUGAGAAGGUGGACCAAUCUCGUAAGACCUACACACCGAAUCCAGACAUGUGUAGGGACGAGGAAGGAAACCUGAUUACAAGCGAGCGCAAGGUGGUCGACAGGUGGCAGCAGUUCUUCGAUAAGCACCUCAAUGGCGAGAUAGCAGAUGGAGGCGUAAUGGAAACCUACCUGGGAGUGCCUUCAAACGAUAAUGAUGUCCCAGCCCCCGACCUCCAGGAGAUCCAGCGAGAAAUCGGGCUGCUGAAUGCAAAUAGAGCCGCUGGAAAAGACCGACUUCCGGCUGAACUCUAUAAACACGGUAAAAAUAUACUGGCAACGGCACUUCAUUGGGUUAUAUCCAGGAUUUGGGAGGAGGAAAAAUUACCGGAAGAAUGGAUGGAGGGUAUUGUUUGCCCCAUCUAUAAAAAGGGCGAUCGAUUCGAGUGCGGCAACUACCGCGGCAUAACGCUAACUAACACCGCCUACAAGGUGCUCUCCCAGAUUCUAACACGUCGUCUAUCCCCGAUAGCCAAAGGCUUCGUAGGGCAGUACCAAGCGGGCUUCAUGGGGGCCCGCGCCAAUACGGACCAGAUUUUUACCCUCCGACAAAUCCUCCAGAAAUGUCGGGAGUACAAGUUGACCACUCAUCACAUAUUCCAUAGACUUUAA